AUUAUAGUUGUACCUGUGGUUAUCGGUCAUAGUUUUUUUUUAUUGUGCUGUUUUAAUUUUUAAGAACGGGGAAUUGAAAUUUAAUAAUUUUAAAAAAUUAAAAAAAAUAAUAUUUUAAUUUUAUUGUAAGCUAAAAGAAAAUUGCAAAAAAUAUUUUUAUUGAAAAAAGCUACAAAUUAUGAGUGAAGAUGAUAGAGACAUUGAAGUGGAUGAAAGUGAAGAAGAGAAUGAUUCGGAUAGUACAAGAAUACCCCAACGAAAUGGAAACAGUCAUAGUUUUUCUCAGGCAGAGAAAAGAGCCCACCAUAAUGCAUUAGAGCGUAAACGACGCGAUCAUAUAAAAGACAGUUUUACAUGUUUACGAGAAGCGGUUCCAUCAUUACAGGGCGAAAAGGCGAGCCGAGCACAAAUAUUGAAAAAAGCAGCAGAAUAUAUUCAAUUUAUGAGAAGAAAAAACCAAUCCCACCAACAAGACAUUGAUGAUCUCAAAAAACAAAAUAACGUUCUAGAAACUCAAAUUCGCCAACUUGAGAGGGCCAAAGACACAUUUGCGCUUGGAGAGCAUCCACCUGAAGCUAUUAUACGUCAAAUAAAAUCAGAAAAUGAAGAAACAUCUGAGGAUGACGAACAGGAUUUGGGACCACGUAGCAAAAAAAUUAAAACUCCAUUAGCGUAUCAUGCGUAAAAAUUAAAGUAUAUAAAUAAGUAAAAAAAUAAUUUUCAAUAGUGUAAACUACAAAAAACAAAACUAAUUGCGGGAUGACAAAAAUAAUAUUAUUUCUAUAAUUGCUUUCAUUUUUGUUUUUAAGUUAUAUAUUUAACUUUUUAUUUUGAAGUAAUUUGAUUUUAUAUUCAAAAGUGGCAGUUGGAAAACUAAAAAAAAAAAUUAUACAUAUAUUAAAAUAAAAAUGAAAUUAAUUAAUAUAUUAUAUACAUAUGAAGACUGGUUUGGUACCUUAAAGAACAAGAUAUUAAUAACAGAAACAAGAAAAAUUGCAACUUAAACUGAUUAAAAUAAAAAUUAAGGGACAUUUUUAGAAAAUAUUACGUAAUUCUGAUUGGUUUAUAUGAGGUUGCAUUUUUUUUUUAUAAUCGUGUCAAAACUAAUUAUUAUUUUUUUUCUGAAAAUUACGAAUUAUUAUGUUUUCAAAUCAUAAAUAAAGUUUACAAAAUUAUUGCCGAUUUCAUAAUUUAGAGUCAAAAGAAAAAAAAACUAUAAAUUAAUCCUAUCCGAUUUUUCUAUAUCCUUAUUGGAAAUCUUAAUAAGCAUAAAAGUAAUGACUAAUCUUAACUAUAUAUAAAUAAAUAAAAAUUCAAAGCCCUUACCAUUAAUCACACCAGUUAACUUAUUACCUUCUCUCAGGGUAUUUACAUAAAAUAUUUAAAGUUUAAAUUAAAAAUUUUAAAUAUGUUAAAUACAGUUAAAAUAAAAAAUUUAUUUAACAUACUAAAUAAAUAAUACAGGUAAUAUUUUUUUCCUGUAUCUUUUCAAUCAAUAUUUUUUUUAUUUUUAAAAUUAAUUUACUAAUGAUUAAUAAUUUGGUUUAAAAUAGAUUAUAUCUCGUCAAGUGGAAAUAAAAAAUUUUUAUAAAAAAGUUAAUAUUUCUCUUCCGAUGACUUCUUCUGUCUUGUUGAAAUUAAAAAAAUAAAUCAAAAUAUUAUUAAAAAAAAAAUUUUUAUGUUAUUAAUUUAGUAUAUUUUCUAAGGAUAUUUUUUAAUCAAAAAUUAUGUAUGUAAUUUUCAUUUUUGAAAAAUUAUGUUAAGGAAACUUAAAAUGUUUUAAAGAUAUUGUGGGGCGGCGUUCUAUAACAGAACGCUUUAGGCAUGGGAGGAUACACACGUAAAAAAAUCAAAAAAAGAAAAAAAUAAUUCAGUUAAAGAAAUUAAAAUAAUUAAAUUUUUUUUACGAAAAUUAAAAUUUUAUUAAAAAUUUCUAUACUUGUUCUUGCUUUCUUAAGUGUUAAGAAUAAAAGUGAAAUAUAAAUUUUAUAAAUACAUAUAUAUAUAUUUAUUUUUAUUUUUCAUUUUUUGUAAGUAAAUUUUGCAAUAAAAAAUUUCAUAUGUUAUAGAAAUUAAUUCGAAAAAAGGAUAUGGUAUCCUUUUUA